GCUCGCUUUGUUUAAAAACACAAACGUUGUUCCCGCGCGUUGGUGUUAAUAAAGUUGAUCGCGAGGCGGAAGUGACGCACUGGGUAGCUGCGGGCCGGUCGCAUGGCCGGCGAGGGAAGGUGCUGCCAGAGGUGCAUGAGAAAGGGUGGAAUUGGAAUAUCAAUUGGAAAACAAUGACUUCUUACAAACCAACUGUGAUCCAGAAGUACCCAAAACUUGGAGAAGCUGUCACACGGGACACACUAUACUGGAAAAAAUAUAAGGCUCCAGUUCAGAUCAAAGAGUUUGGUGCUGUGACAAACAUAGAUAUUUCUUCAGUUGCUCCCUACAACUAUGCAGUAACUGCCUCUACAAGGAUCCACAUAUAUGGGCGAUAUUCUCAAGAGCCCAUAAAAACAUUCUCCCGAUUUAAUGAUACAGCAUACUGUGGCACAUACAGAGAUGAUGGAAAGCUGCUUGUUGCAGGCUGUGAGGACGGCGUUGUUCGCCUUUUUGAUGUUGAUGGGCGUGCAGCACUCAGACAGUACACUGGACAUACAAAAGCGGUUCAAGUGACUGCGUUCACAUCUGACAAAAAACGUUUAAUGUCUGGAUCAGAUGAUUACUCUGUCCGACUUUGGGACAUUCCAAGUGCAAUGGAACUUCACACCUUUACAGAACAUACUGAUUAUGUACGUUGUGGUUGCACCAGCAACUUGAAUGCAGAUCUCUUUGUUACAGGUUCAUAUGAUCACACAGUGAAGGUGUUUGAUGCCCGAAUGGAUCAAAGUGUAAUGACUAUAGAACAUGGGCAACCAGUAGAGAGUGUGUUACUUUUUCCAUCGGGUGGACUUCUCGUAUCAGCAGGUGGUCGAUGUGUUAAAGUCUGGGACAUGUUAAAAGGAGGUCAGCUGUUGGCUUCAUUACGAAAUCACCACAAGACUGUCACUUGUUUGUGUUUAAGCAGUUCAGGGCAGAGGCUGCUCUCAGGCUCUCUUGAUAGGCAUGUCAAAAUAUACAGUACAUCGAAGUACAAAGUUGUGCACAGUUUGAAUUAUGCAGCAUCCAUUCUGAGUUUAGCGUUAGCACCUGAAGACGAAGCCAUUAUUGUAGGAAUGACUAAUAGUGUCCUAAGUAUCCAACAUCGGAAACAGAAUGUAAGGAAGUGUGACACUGCUGAUGUUGCAAAAAUGAAAAAAGGACCAUCAUACAGAUAUUUCAUUAAAGGAAAAGAUUACAUGCCAAAGAAGGAUGAUUUUUUGAUCAGCAAGCCAAUGCAGCAGCAUCUAAAGAAAUAUGACAAGCUAUUGAGAACUUUCCAGGUGUCCCUUGCACUAGAUGCGGUAUUGAAGUUACCUAUCAGGACAAAGACCCCAGAAGUUACCAUUAGUGUCAUGCAAGAACUUAAUCGCAGAGGCACGCUUCAAAAUGCACUUGCAGGACGAAAUGAGAAACAACUUACCAUCAUACUUGACUUUCUUAGCAGGAAUGUUAUUAAGCCGAGGUUCACAUCUAUUUUAGUAACUGUUGCAGAGAUUAUUAUUGGUGUUUAUAGUUCUGUGAUUGGUACGUCACCUGUGAUCGAUAAGCAGUUCAUAAACCUGCAACAACUGAUAGAAAAAGAGAUUGAUUAUCGGGAAGGACUGCUUGGAGUGCUUGGAAUGAUGGACACACUUUUUGCUACCAUGACAACCAAAAAGGAAGCAGUUGUACCUGGAAGUCAGAUUUGUGCCUUAAUUGCUGGAGCUGAACAAGAAAAACCAAUGGCAAUUGCCUAGAGCCAGGCCUCUUCGCUGUCCUAUUUUAGGCACACUAACACAAAUUUAUCCUUAAACCUCACUGAUUUGAAGACAAGCAUUGUAAAAUGCUCUUGCAUCAUUUACCUUCAUAUUUGCUAUUGUGCAAUAGCCAAAAGCAAUGUAAUUUCUAUUUUCCAUUUGUUUGACAUAAUACGUUGAUGCUGAGAAAAUACAGCAUCUAUGAAGUUCUAAGUUUAGUAGAGAAUAAAUAUUUUUAUAUGUGUUCUGAAGCAGCAACAAAGUUUUACCAAUUGUGAAGUUUUGCCUUCACAGUUUUAGGUGCUUGGUUGUGGACAAAAGGCAGUUGUGUUCUGCAGAAGUGAUUAUCUAGAUCAGACUUGUAUCAUGGACAAGGAAGGCUUAACUUCAUUAAGUAACAAAUUAACCAUGGUGCUGUAGCUUUUACAAUGCAGCACUCUUGCUCGACUUAAAACUGUAGACGGAGCCCAAUUCAUGCAUUAUUUUCUUGAAAUAAGUUCAGCAUAAGUAAAAAACCCCUCAAAAUCAAUUCUUAAGAUUAAGAAUAAGAGUAAGAUAUCUCCUACCAGGAGAUAAAGACCCAGCACCAGUUGCUCACUGCUUAGCAAACAACAUGGGGAAGUAGCAAGAUUAUGAGGUGAACUUUGCAAAUUCAUGGAUCUCAUCUGACAUUUGGAUACUUAGUGGAUGAGCAUGUAAAGGUCAAGAGAAUUUUAGGAAGUGUCCUGAGAAAGCAAACCUUUGUCAUGAUGGGUAAACCAUAAUUAUCUUGACCUUCUCUGGCAAGGGAAGACAAAAAUGCAAUCAUUAUUUUCUUUCUUAAUUGAUGUCCAUUAUUAACUUAACACCAGGAAUUUUUGGCCAAGAAGAUCUACCUCUCCUAUCAUCAUCUUCAUGAUCAAAAUUUGAUAGUUAUCUCCCCAGGUUACAUUUAAAGAAAAUUCUCUUGUGAAAUGUUGCCUCACAUUGGAAGUGUUGUAUUCUUAAUUAUCCUUUACAAUUGUGAAGAGUGAGCCGGUGAACUAAUCAUUUGUCAAAGUAAUCCUACAAGGAGCUUUAUCUUGUUAUUUGGUGAAAAAGCUACUGGAAGACACAAUCUUUGAAAAUAUUCUGCACAGUAAAGGAUUUGAGAUGAAAAUGUGACACAGGAAUGUUUGAUAGCUCAUUGUGAACAAGAUGUUAAUUAGUUCAAUAUUAAGCAAUUAAAGAUUAUUCUUACUUGAGUAUCAAGGGACUGUUGGUGGUAGAAUUCAAUCAGAUGCUAAUUCACAAUAUUUGUGCCAGCACCUACCCAUAAUCAAUUUAGAAAAUUCAACUAUACAUAUAGCUAUACCUUACAAUACUGAUCAACGGAAGUACUGAUUCAUAAAUGGUUCUUUAAUAUAUAUGGGAUGUUAAUGUGCCCAUAGCUAUACAUGCAGCACAUUAUCUCUUGCUGUUCUUGAGUUCAGCAAUUGGGUGGAAUGCUGGGUAAUUAUCAGUAGUUAAUUUUGAUGCUGAUAAUAUCAGUGGGUUUAUGAUCAAUUUUCCCAGAUUAGGGUGUUGGAUCAUGGCCUAGAAAAAGAGAUCCUGCUUUCCUGUGGUUGUCUAAAAAUAGUUUUGAUAAGGAGAGAGGAAAGACUUGGUGCUAGUUGAGUCAGACAUCAUAUUUCCCUUCAGUGUGAGUUGGUGUUGUGGCAGUGUUUGGUCCAAUCAAAUUCCAAUGUCCAGAGGGUAUUUUAAAGUGUGGAUUUAUUUAAAAAUAAAGACAUUGCUGAUUAACAAAACUGUAUGAAUUAUUAGUUGAAUUUCAAAAACAUGCUUGAAUGCUGUCAUUAUUUACCCAAGCCUUGAUUAUGCCCUACAUACAUCAAUGGUCUCUAUAAGCCUACUUUGUUAUUGGCCUACUUGUCAUAUAGUUUCAUUUCUGUAUUGUUUCCGUAUUGUUUCUGACUGGUUUUCAAAUCACUAUGACCAUAAAAACAUACUCCAUUCUUGCUUUGUGUAUCCUUUAAUUUCUUUAAGUCUUGUAGUUAAAUUCUUUGAGACAUGGGUUCAGCACUCCUCUGUUCUUUAGGAUUCUAUAUUCUAAUGACUGGAUAUAUGCACAGUGCUGAAGACAUAGGCUAAUCAGAGGACUGUGCCACUUGAUUAUGCCUUCCACUUACCUGUGUUUUACUGUUUUGAUGAUAUUGCUCAGUAUUAUAUUAGUUUAUUAUUUGCUACUAUGCAUUAUGAACAUGUGAAGAGUAGAAUGGAAUUCCUAAGUCUCUUACAACCAAUUCAGUGCAUCAAGUCUAUGGAGAGAAAAUGCAGAACAAAGUUAGGAAUCGCGUCCACAACUAAAUGAUGGGAGAGUUACAAUAUUAGAUUGAUGAGCUUCUCUGAGCUGAGUGGCACAUUUUGUGUCUUGAAAUUGUGCUAUUUUGACUGGUUUUAUUCUAAAUAGUGUGCGAAAAAAUAUUGUAGAUCCGUCUUUCAUCGUUAUGAGGUAUCAAUUAUGUAUUUAAAUAUAACUGUAGAGAAGUGCCCAACUUUGAAAUUAAAUUGUCUGGAAGAGUAUAAGAAAGUUGCAAUUUUUAUACAAUAUGCACUUUGACCUGAUAUGCCUUGAAGGGAAGUGCACUCUUUCUCAUCUUUUUUUUCCCAAGAUAUUAACUUGUAUUGAUGAUUGUAUUGACAAUUACAUGAUAAUGUUCUGAUGUAUUGUCCAAUUUCCUCUUUAUUUGUGAACAGUGUGUGUGUUGUAAGUGGUAGCAUCACUGCCAGUCUGACUCUAGCUCCCCAGCAUCAAAUUGGACAUUUUUCAUCAAGAUAACGUUGUUGAACAAGACUCUUAGUUGACUUUCUCUAAUUUAGCCAAAAUAUAUUAAUUUAAUUGUAGCAUCCAGCUGCUCCCCCUGUUGAGCUUGUUUAAUGAAACCACACCAGGAAUCGAGUCCAGUUAUACAUUGGGUUUGCUUGUUGAACCACUAAGGAAAUCCCCAGUUGAGUAAUGAACAAUAUAGGUUUUUACAAGGAUUUUUUUUUGUCAUUGAAAUUUAAUUGGUAGAGAUUUCUCUCCCACAGAUAACU